UGAGUUCAAGUGCCAUGGGGAAGCGGAAUUGGCUUCCGUCUUAUUGCCGUUUGCGACAAUUGUCUUCCCUUUCCAGACCGACCGGUCGAGGGUACAGUACAUAAGGUACUCCGUACAGACGGCGCAACCUGAAGAUCAGGAAUGCGCCGUGUACUGUACUCCGUACAGCACAUACAUACCAAAACGAGAAAUGAGCGAGGGCUGGGUAGCGUCGCUUUCUGCCUUGUCAAUGGCUUCCAAUUGCAGCUCUUGUAUCAAGAAGGGCCGCGAUUGUGUAGGACUGCUUCUUCCCAUUCGAGAGACAAGAAGGCCAGACAAGGCCGGACUAGCAGGUGGUGCCAGCGCUGGCCGCCGUCGUAGUGGAUUUCGACGCAAGCGCUGUGUUGGCCGUGCGAAAACGGGGUUCCACCGCCUCCAACGUUCAGCGCAAGGAGACAGAAUUGCGAUGAGAGUUAAGCGCACGAAGCGCAAAGUAAAUUAUGGUCUAUAUGUGGCCGUCAAUAGGAGUAUUGGUCAUAAAUUCCCUUUCAUGCCGUCCAAAUGCCUUGGUAGGUAAGGUAUUCCCUUGGGAUCGAGUUGCGGGUUUUGCGCCCCGGCACAGUGUCA